AUGGGAUUCGCUGCUCCGGUUCCCGCGGCCAAGGAAGGAUUCGCUGCCUCGGUUCCCGCGACCAAGGAAGGCCAGCGUUUGCGAUCGCUCGUGCACUACCCAACUUCUUCGAACGUCUCGGCCAGAUUCGGACCAAAAAGUCCUCCGACAAUGAAGCGCCAGCCGAAACAACAACCUGAUUCGGGAUCUUCCGGUGAUUCGCUGCCCCGGUUUCCGCGACCAAGAAAGGAUUCGCUGCUCCGGUUCCCGCGGCCAAGGAAGGAUUUGCUGCCUCAAGAUUGA